AUGAGUGGUGAUACGUAUUAUUUAUCACCUCAUGAGGCAGCUUUGGCAUUGGUUGCAACAGCAAUGAAAAAGAGCCGAAUGAAGUUGAUAACGUUGAUAAUUAGUUCUAUUAUUGGAGGAGCACUUUUUUCGACUGGGGGAAUGUUGCAUUUGAUGGUUCAGUCGAACAAUGCUGAGCUUUACAAGGAGAAUCCGGGGAUGGUUCAUUUGAUGCAAGGACUAGUUUAUCCGAUAGGGUUAUUUUAUGUUGUGUUGAUGGGGGUUGAUUUAUUUAAUUCUAACAUUUUAUUUUUUUCGGUUGGGUUGUUGAGAAAGGCGAUUUCAGUGAUUGAUUUGGUAAUCAGUUUGGGGGUGAGCUGGGUGUUUAAUUUAGUGAGCAAUUUGUUUAUUUGUUUUUUCAUUUGCAAGUUGAGUAAAGUGACGUCGAGUGAGAUGAUGAUUGCUGGGUCGAUUCAGAUUUUGGAGGAUAAGAUAUCGUCGAGUUUCGGUGAGAAUCUUAUCAAGGGAAUUGCAGGGAACUUUUAUGUUUCGAUAGCGAUAUAUUUGCAAAUUAUGUGCAAGCCUAUCCAUGUGAGGUUGAUGAUGAUGGUGUUGCCGGUUUUCACGUUUGUUUCGAUGGGGUUUACGCAUUCAGUUGCUGAUAUGUUUUUGUGUCCAAUGGGGUUGUUUAAUUACUACUACUACUAUUAUAAUAAGGAUGAGGAUGGGGAUGGGAAUGAAAUGGUGGAUUAUUCUGUGAAGAUUCAAAAGUAUGUUGUGAACGUGUUGAUUUCGGGAUCGAUUGGGAAUAUAAUUGGGGGAGUUGUGUUUGGGCUAUUGAUACCAUUUUAUUUGCACUUGUAUGUGGUUGAGAGGGAUAGCGAGUCGUUGGAGUUGCCAAAGUUUGAGAUGAAGGAUGAACAGCCUGAGUUGGGUGUGGAUAGCAGAGUUGUUCGGAUGGCUAGCAAUGGUGAAAAGGACGAUUACUCUGUAAUGAGAUUGAAUACGAGAAGGUCUAUGCAUGGUUCGUCCAAUUUAACGAGAUCACCAACAGGAGUGUUUCCUGUGUAUGGGAUGGGAGAGCCAUUAGCAAGAGAGCGAACAAUAGCCUCAGCAUUUUUCAAAAGAGAUGAA